AUGUUUGUUUCGUUGCAAGGGACUAGAGAGAUGUUCUUCACUAGUUGUUUCUCUGGAUGUGAGAAUGGAAGGUUUGUUGUCGUCGUUGCUGAGGUUGGUUGUGAGGUCAGGGUGGGCUGUGGUGAUGGUUGUUGCGGCGGUGACGAUGAGGUCGAGACAUGUUGGUCAUUUGAUGGAGAUGGAACAUCAGAUGGUGUUUCCGGGGAUUCUUGCUCCGUCAGUGAAGAUGGAGCAAUCGAUUGCUUGACUGCAGCAGAUUUCUUGAACCAGACCGACUCGACCCGCUCGCGCAACCUCGAACUUCAAAUCCAACAGCGCGUAACAGCCGAGCUCGAGCGCAUCCGCGACGAGGAAGCCCAACGUCUUGCUCAAUACACUGAGCGCCUCACGCCAUCUUCCGAAGAGCAAUCCGACGACUCGUCUUCGCCCUCGCUCAAGGAAAAGAUCUCCUCCGCUCUCACACCUUCGUCAUCGCAAAACAAGGACCGCAGCAACGACAGUGUCUCGAAAGAGGUCGCCGAGUUGCGCAGCAAGCUCGAGCGUCGCAAGAAGCUCGAUCAGACCGACGCUUCUGUCGAAAAGGCAAAAGAUGGUCUUGUGCAGUGUUUGAGAUUGAACGACCGCAGGCCUUUGGACUGCUGGGAGCAGGUUGAGGCUUUCAAGGCAGAGGUUGCUAAGCUCGAGCAAAAGUUCGUUGACAGAACUCUGCGAUGA